AUGACUACGUUCAAAUUCGUGCUGCAGAUCCAGCGUCUACUGAAAAACAAGUUGUACAAUUGCGCGGCGGCGAGUCAAGUGUUACCUGCUGGUUUAUCCGUCGAGUAUGGAUACCUCCGUCUGCGUGCUAGUGGUGCCGUACUGUCAGAACGAAUCUUUAUGCCCCAGCACCCGGCUGGGUGGGGAAAGCGCAUCGCGAUGAAAACUGAUAGCGGCUGGGGAACUGUGAAGUCGUUGACGAUGGACGGCUGCGCGACGGAUCAAGUAGCGUACUAUUUGGACACACAAGGCGGUUCAUUCGGUUCACCCGUUCUCUCGUGGCAAGAUAACACAGUAAUUGCUUUGCACCACUGUGGUGGGUGUCCAAACACGGCGAUCAACAGCUACAAGCUCGUAAACGACAUGAAAUGGCGCAACAUUCUUCCAGCGAAUGCUACGGUGUAG